CAGGGGCAGCGCGACCGCUCGGGGCUCCUGCGAGCGGCGGUUACCUCAGAGCCGGGGCGAUGGCCGGGGCGAGCGGCCGCGGGGACCCGCUGGCGUUGGAGGAGCCUCCGCUGCCCAGGCCCUCCCAGCCGGAGAGCCGCUUGGGCGACCGGGACGGGCUCGCGCAGAUCCACUUAAAAAUUUUGAGAGGGCACUGUGAUACUGUGAGCUCCUGUCAUUUCUGCUUUGAAGAUACAAAAAUUCUUUCAUGCUCUUAUGACAGAACAAUGAAACUCUGGGAUGUUGAAAAAGGUGUUCCUAUUCAAGUCUUUGAAGAAGAACACACAGCUCCCAUUUCUGAGUGCAGCUUGACUCCUGAUAACAAAAGAGUGAUAACAUCAUCAUAUGAUAAAACAGUAAAGGCUUGGGAUAUGGAAACAGGAAAAAUGCUUUGGACUGUCGACCAAGAAGGUCUUGUAACUUCAUGUAAUAUUUCGUGUGAUGGUAAAUAUGUGGUAUCUGGCUUAGACAUGGAAAAUGCUAUAUGUGUUACUGAUGCACUAAAUGCCACAACAGUGGCAUAUGUUCAAGAUCAUCACAGAAGCACAAUCACAAGAUGUUGUUUUGACCCUGACAACGAGAGAGUCUCUUCAGUAUCAUCUGAUAAGACCAUAAAGCUUUGGGACAUUAUAGCACAAUCCACCACUAUCACAGUUAAUGAGGCACACACCAAUGUCAUCUCAGACUGCUGCUUUACCAUAGAUGGUCAUUACUUGUGCACGGCAUCUUGGGACAAAACCUUAAAAAUAUGGGAUAUAAAAACAGGGGAGUUUCGUUAUCAUGGACCUAUUUGCUUGAACCAUGGUCAUGAAGGUUCUGUUAGUUCCUGUGUUUUUAGCAAAGAUGCAUCUCUUGUAGUGUCUGGAGCAUAUGACAAAACUAUAGCUCUGUGGGAUGCAGGAGCAGGAUAUAAAAAGCUAGCAUUAAAGGGCCAUGGAGACUGGGUGAUGGAUGUUGCAAUUAGCAACAACAAGAAAUGGAUCCUUUCUUCCUCAAAGGAUGCUACUUUGAGAUUAUGGAACAUUGAAAAGGCUGAUCAUGUUCCUGUGGCAAUAGAAAGCAGAAAUACAAGACGCUCAAAAAUAGUUCAAUGUGAAGAAUGUGAAAAACCUUUCUCACUCCUACAGUGUGAUGACUCUGAAGUGGUAACCAAGUGUGUAUUCUGUCGACUGGCUUCUCCUUCGAGAAAUAUUUUGUCAUUACCACCCAUUGUAGCACCUGAUCUCUAAAUUCUUCCCAACAGACUAUUUGUGCAAAUACAUUUGUGUUUUUAAGCAUAUGCCUAUACCUAAUUGUGAUUAUCAGUAUAUUUUAUUGCAUGUACAUACAGAGCCAAGGAUUUCCUCCAUAUUUCUGUGCCAUACACUAAUAUCUAUGUU